CAGCACUCAUGUAGGUCUUAUGACGCUCUAUGAACACUGUCCUUCAUUCAUUGCUUCUUUUCUUACAGCUAAAAUGUUCGUUGCUGAAACCUGAAGCUUUGUAAACUCUGGUGUUGGAGAUAAAACUUAUCAGCGGCUCACAGAGUCACAGUUCUGCACGUGAUCAUUAUAGCGCUCGCUCGUCCACGUCCCCCUUCGCAUGACAGGCAGAACCGACACCCGAACGUGAUCCGAACGAAGACUCGCAGCACCGCCCAGAGAGCAACACGGGUUUUAAAUCAUUGAGAUUAUUUAAAACAUCGAGAACAGCGAUAUUCAACUGUACAGUCUUACUGAUGUGCUAGUUAGCUAGCAUGCUACCUGGGUAACUUGAUAGCUAACUAACAAGCUUGUAAUUUAUAGAUGUUGCAUGCAGUGACGUAAAUCUGAUCUGAAACAUAGUAAAUAUUAAGUUUAAGCUACAAGCUGGUCAUUAAACUGACGUCACUGAGAGGAAAUAAACGACUGGAACAUCUGUUUUGAGUUCCCCGAGAGGAAGGUCAGCAGGGCAUUGACCAGGAUGAGACGAGACGGAAAGAUCUGCUUUCUUCUGCAUGAAGACUGAAAGCCUCACACUCAGGAUGAUCUCAGGUCUUGCCGUAGCUGCGAUUCUUCUUCUCAUGAGAAGCGUCUCGCCGUCAUCAGGCCUGAGCGUCAACUGCAGCUCUCAAGAUCUGGAGCGUAUUCCUGAUUUCCCCUCAAACACCACCGAGCUUUAUCUACAGCACAACCGCCUGGUCACGGUUCCUCCGGGGUUCUUCGAGACGUUUCUACAGCUUCGUGUAGUGGAUCUGUCCGGGAAUCCAUUCCACUGUGGCUGUAACAUUCGGUACCUGAGAGCCUGGCUCCUGAAGAACCGAGACGUCAUGACGACGAGUGUUACAUGUUCCAGUCCGGCGUCUCGGGCACACAGAGCCAUCGUGAGUCUGGGCGAGACCGAGUUCUCGUCCUGUGUGAGGAACCAGUGCUCCAUUGCAGGGUAUAACCUGGCAUUAAUGUUCCUGCUGUGUGGAAUCCUGGGCUUGUUGCUGUGGAGCCUCCGCCUGGCCAAAGGGCUGUCGUUUACUCUGGGCAUCGGCGAGAAGCACGGCAGCCUCCGGGCCGAAUCCCUGCGCUCGCUCAAACCCAAACACAGAGCCACGGCCAGGUACUUAACGCAGUGGAGCGAGGACCUGGAGACGCCGCUGCUCGACAUGGACAUGGACAUGGACAUCCUCCCGCAGAUCAUCGACACGCUCCACAAACACCACAACAUCAAGAUCAAAGAAAUGUGACCUGUGAACUCUGCUCACAAUUAAGUGACACGUACCUGACAGACACGAUCCGUCAGAAUAUUCAUUAAUUUACACUUCCACGCUUUCUUUCCGGUGCUUUCAAUUUUUUGCUUUUCCUAAACUGACAUUUAAAUAGUUUUUUCUUUUUCUCCAGCGUGAUGCAGACGAACACGUCAGCGCUGUACACGUCUCAGAUUCGCCCUUAAGCAGUUUGGAGAAAACAUGGAAAAUGCUCUUAAAAAUUUGAUCUAGAACUUGUAAAAUAACGCCAGCUCCUGAUUCUAAACGCUUUAAAACAGCUCGGCCGACAUUACGCUAACUCUCUUUUAAAUUUAUAGGUUAGAACUCAUUUUUCUCCUAGUUUUAUUCCACUUUUUAUUUAUUCCAACCUUCUGCAGGUAACUUUAUUCCAAAUUUACUUAAAUAUUUUUAUUUAACAUUUAUCUGCACGCUUUUCAUACAUUUACCAUUUAAUGCCAAAGUGUCCUUGGACAAGACACUGAACACCAGGUGUGUGUGAGUGGUGUGUGAGAGUGGGUGUGUGAGACUGUGUGUGAAUGAGACAGUGUAGAGUGCUUUGAAACCAUUAAGGUUAAAGAAAGCUCUAUAUAAGUGCAGACCAUUUAAUACUUUUUAUUCUAUGUAUUCAUUGUUGUUGAACACUUUUCAAAUUUUUUAAUUUAAAACAUCACAUUUAAACCUUUUAUAUUUUUAAGACUUUUUUUAUUUAACAGGUUAAACUUUCCCAAUUAUUAUGAAUUUAUUAUAAUUAUAUCUAAUUUUAUUCUGAUCACUAAUCACUAAGCACUACUUUUUUACACGUUAUGCAAAAAAAUUCUCAGAUUUCAUUCCAUCUACAAGCUCCUCUGUGCAAAAGUUUGUACACCCCAUGGUUUUGAACAGAAAACACUUUAAAAGCCCCUCGGCUCGACAGUUAUGUUAAUAGUCGAUUAACUAUUUUUAUAUACAUCAUUAAAAGUUUAUUAUUGAGUAAAUUGUAAAGCCGGCAGAAAUCCUUCCUCUGUAAUCCUGCAGCAGCAUUCAUUUUUGUUAUUGGGGAAAAAUAACCACGCCAUGGUCCGCGCCAUCCCGAUCCUCCUCCAGCUUUAUUGAUAGUUUAAAAUUACAUUUUCUAUGUUUAUAGGACUUCAGUUGCAUCUUUUCCUUCUGACUUAAAAACAGAGUACAAGCAAAAUGAUUUUUUUUUUUUACAGUAGUCCAAGUGAUAUUG